AUGUACGCCCAAAAUGAGGACAAGUUCGAUAUGGGCUCGGAGAGCUCAUGCUCGUCGCUCAAUGAGAUUCCGAUGGAGAUGGAUCUCACAGCGUCUGGGCCUCCGAUCUCGGACGACGAAACUGAUAUGGAGACCAGAGAGCGGAAAUACAUCACGUACGCGAAACGAAUAUUACCUCACGUCGGAUUAGUGUGUCUACUUUUCGCCUACCUCCUCAUAGGAGCCACGAUUUUUCAUGCGAUUGAAGGCCCAAAUGAACUAGUGCAGCGUGAUUACGAACUGCGAACUAUUUUUGGAUUACGAGACGACUUUCAAGAUCACAUUUGGAAUAUAACGCAGGAUGUCGACAAUCGAAUUUCACGAGAGGCAUUUAAUUCAAUAAAUCAGGAAUAUUUCGAACAAUUAGUCAAGAAUAUAUUCGUAUCGUAUAGAAAUCAGUUCAUCAACGAACAUCAUCUAAUGAACAAGACAAAAGGAGAGGGUUUACUGUGGACCUAUCCAAACAGUAUUUUCUUCGCCACAACAGUCAUCACAACAAUUGGUUAUGGCAAUUUGGUACCAACUACGACAUCUGGAAGAGUAGCAUGUAUAAUCUUCGCACUAUUUGGAAUUCCUUUAUUACUGGUAACAAUCGCGGAUAUCGGAAAGUUUUUGUCAGAAUUUCUCAGCUUUCUUUACAAGUCAUACCGAGCAUUCAAACGAAAAUUGAUCGCACGACGGAGGACAAGUAUUGCGGCUGCGAUCCGAAAACAAUCGCGGCGUAUUUCACUUCACUAUCGUUCAUCUUCACAUUCACAUACGAGUGAGACUGGCUCGUCCAAGGUGCGGUGA